UAGUAUUCGGUAUACAGUUUAGCGAGAGUAUGUUCCCGACUCUGAACGACACCGUUCCACCCAGCUUUAUUGUCCGCAUCAGCCAUCAAGUAUAAUUGUCUGGGUGAAGGCACAGUUCCCUUCUGAACUCUCGUCUCCCCAAUCACUCGCUCUGCGUUAGUAUCAAGCGAAGGAAACCCAAAAUAAGAGUUGUCUUCUCUUACGAACAGCAAUGGCGGAGCCAAAAAUCAAAUACGAUCGUCAGCUCAGGAUCUGGGGUGACCAAGGACAGGCAGCCCUUGAGAAAGCUAGCAUAUGCUUACUUAAUUGUGGGCCUACUGGCUCCGAGACAUUAAAGAAUCUUGUUCUUGGUGGGGUUGGGAGCAUCACAGUGGUUGAUGGAUCCAAAGUUGAAGUGGGUGAUCUUGGAAAUAACUUCAUGGUGGAUGAAUCUAGUGUUGGACAAUCGAAGGCAGAAUAUGUAUGUUCAUUCCUCCAAGAGCUAAAUGACGCUGUUAAAGCCAAGUUCAUUGAGGAGUAUCCGCAGGCAUUAAUUGAGACUAAUCCUGCAUUCUUUUCUCAGUUUACGUUGGUAGUAGCCACCCAGCUUGUGGAAGACUCGAUGGUGAAACUUGAUAAAAUUUGUCGAGAGGCAAAUGUGAUGUUGAUUUUUGCUCGCUCCUAUGGUCUUACUGGGCUUGUUCGAAUCAGUUUGAAGGAACAUACUGUGAUUGAGUCAAAGCCUGAUCACUUCCUGGAUGACCUUCGGCUAAACAAUCCUUGGCCUGAGCUCCGGAGGUUUGCAGAAACCAUUGACUUAAAUGUAUCAGAUCCUGUAGCUCACAAGCACACACCAUAUGUUGUAAUCCUUGUAAAGAUGGCUGACGAAUGGGCCAAAUCACAUGGUGGUAAUCAUCCAUCAACCAGGGAAGAGAAGAAAGAGUUCAAGGAGCUUCUGAAAUCCAGGAUGAUUGCAAUGGAUGAGGACAACUAUAAAGAAGCUAUUGAUGCCUCCUUCAAAGUCUUCGCUCCUCGUGGAGUUAAUCAAGAUCUGCAACAGAUAAUUAAUGAUAACAGCGGUGAGGUUAAUGCUAGUUCAUCUGAUUUUUGGGUCAUGGUGGCUGCUUUGAAGGAGUUCAUCACAAAUGAAGGUGGUGGGGAGCCACCUCUUGAAGGGUCUAUACCAGACAUGACAUCUUCUACUGAGCUUUAUGUAAAUUUGCAAAAGAUAUAUCAGGCUAAGGCUGAGGCUGACUUUCGAGCUAUGGAGCAACGAGUUAAGACUAUAAUGAAGAAAAUUGGUAGAGAUCCAGAUAGCAUCUCCAAGGCCACAAUCAAAAGUUUCUGCAAAAAUGCAAGAAAACUCAAAGUUUGUAGGUAUCGCCCCCUUGAGGAAGAGUUCAAUAAUCCUUCGCUGCCAGAGUUGCAGAAGUAUUUAACAGAUGAGGAUUUCAGUGUUGCUGUGGGAUUCUAUAUAUUGCUUCGAGCGGUUGACAGGUUUGCUGCAAAUUGCAACAGUUUUCCUGGGCAAUUUGAAGGCACACUGGAUGAGGAUAUAUCUCGGUUGAAGACUACUGCUAUUGGUCUACUUAGCGACUUGGGUUGCAAUGGCUCGACAUUGACUGAGGAUCUUAUCAAUGAGAUGUGCAGAUUUGGAGCUUCGGAGCUUCAUGCAGUUGCUGCUUUCAUUGGAGGAAUUGCAUCACAAGAAGUGAUCAAGCUCAUAACCAAGCAAUUUGUCUCCAUGUCUGGGACUUUCAUCUUCAAUGGCAUUGAUCACAAGUCUCAGCUGUUGAUGUUGUAGAAUGUUUUGAAGGAACUGGUAGAUUCUGCUUUUCUGUUGGAUUUAAGUACUUUGCAUUUUGCGAUGGAUGUACGCUAUUUAUGAUUCCUAAGAUUCCCAUUCUUUAUGAGCUGGAUGGGUCGUGCACGCGGGAACAGGGCAUCCUAUGCGGUUCGUCAGGCACUAGGAGGCAAUGUUGAUAUGUAAGGUUAUGAGCGUUUAUUAUCUCUCACUAUGGCUGCCAUUACCCAUGUCA